GAGCGAGCCCCCGGCCGCCGCGCCCUCCAGCCGCGCCAACCGCCGACCAACCGCCACCGAGGUGCCCGAGGGACAGCGGAGGAGGCGGCAUGAGCGAGGCGGGCGAGGCCACCAGCACCACCAGCACCGCCGCCGCCGCUCCCAGCAGCAGCGCCCCCAUCACCACCGCCGCCGCCCUCCCGCAGGCUCCGGCGGAGGCGGCCCCCCAGGACCCUGCGCCUAAGAGCCCGGCGAGCGGCGCCGCGCCCCCGGCCCCUGCCCGGGCCGCCCUGGUCGCGGGCAACCCCGGUGGGGACGCGGCCCCGGGCACCGCGGCCCCAGCCUCUUCGGCCGCCGUGGGCAGCGAGGACGCGGAGAAGAAAGUUCUCGCCACCAAAGUCCUUGGCACUGUUAAAUGGUUCAACGUCAGAAAUGGAUAUGGAUUUAUAAAUCGAAAUGACACCAAAGAAGAUGUCUUUGUACAUCAGACUGCCAUCAAGAAAAAUAACCCACGGAAAUACCUGCGCAGUGUAGGAGAUGGAGAAACCGUAGAGUUUGAUGUGGUUGAAGGAGAGAAGGGUGCAGAAGCAGCCAAUGUAACCGGCCCGGAUGGCGUUCCAGUGGAAGGGAGCCGAUAUGCUGCUGACCGGCGUCGCUACAGACGCGGCUACUACGGCAGGCGCCGUGGACCGCCCCGCAGUUACGCUGGGGAGGAGGAGGAGGAAGGGAGCGGCAGCAGUGAAGGACUGGAGGCCCCCGCCGCUGCCGGGCAGUUCUCUGGGGCCCGGAGUCAGCCGCGCCGCCCCCAGUACCGCCCCCAGUACCGGCGGCGCUUCCCGCCUUACCACGUGGGACAGACCUUUGACCGCCGCUCCCGGGUCUUCCCCCAUCCCAGCAGAAUGCAGGCCGGUGAGAUUGGUGAGAUGAAGGAUGGGGUCCCAGAAGGAGCGCAACUUCAGGGACCAGUCCAUCGGAAUCCAACUUACCGCGCAAGGUACCGGAGGGGCCCUCCUCGCCCACGACCUGCCCCAGCUGUUGGAGAGGCUGAAGAUAAGGAGAAUCAACAAGCGGCCAAUGGUCCAAACCAGCCACCUGCUCGCCGUGGAUACCAGCGCCCCUAUAACUAUCGGCGUCGCCCCCGUCCCCCUAACGCUCCUUCACAGGAUGGCAAAGAGACCAAGGCAGGUGAAGCACCAUCUGAGAACCCUGCUCCGGCUCCCGAGCAGAGCAGUGCAGAGUAACAGCCGGCUCCCCAGGCACCUUCACCAUCCGCAGGUGACUUAAUUAAUGACCGUUCAAAAAAUAAAGCAAAAAGCAGACCACGAACGACCUUAUGAACACCAAAGAAACGUCCAAGCAAUAAAGUGGAAGAUUAAUAACCAAGAUGUGGACAUUAAAAUGUUUACUACACUUCUUUACAAAACAGACAACUACACAAGGAAAGUGUCAGCCAUUUUUUCCAGCAGCUGAGAUCCUGGGAAUGCCUGCACAUAACAAGAGAGCGACCUCCCUAGUUUCAGCAACCACUAGUUUAUAUUUUUUUCCUGGUUUUACUGUUUUGGUAAUAUGAAUUGAAAGAAGAAUUAUUAAUACCGCAUGGGGAGACACCCCCCCCAACCAAAGAAAUCUGAAAUAUAUAGUAAAUGCUUUUUUUUCCCUUUUCUGUUCAUUUUGGAUGCUGGUGCUAAACUUCCAAGUGUCAUGAUUUAAAAAAGAAAUUUUAUUCCCUUCUUAUUUAUUUCUAGGAUAAGGGGAGGGUAACAUUUUGCUUUCUUAUGUAACUCUCUUUGAAAAUGUGCAGUACGAAGUUCCGCAAAAAUAAAAUUUUUACCCUUGAAGGAUAUAUAA